GCUUCCGGUUCUCUCGCCUCGCUGGCUUGGUGGAGAAAUCUACUUUUGGGAUAUUUUCUCUCUUGGUGUCCAGGUGUCGGGAGGAAGGGCAGGAGCCGCGCAGGCAGCCCGAAGGUUUCGGGGCAACCGCUGCAAGGAGAAGAAACGAAGGGAAUAAUGAUGGAGGAGGAGGAGGACCUGGGCAGAGCUGAAGAAGGGAAGAGAAGAGAGGUGGGACCAAGAGGCGACCACGCUGUUCAGAGCGAGAGCGAAGGGGAGCUUCGUGCUGAGAUGGCUCUGAAGCCCAUCAAGCAGGAGCCGGAGGAAGAAGAACGGCAGCAGCGCUGGGAGGCCCAGUGGCAGGAGUUCCUCAAGAGCCUGCAGGCCCCCUAUUUGGGAAGGAAAUACCCUCAGCUGCCCCCUUCCCGCUUAGGAGAGGGUCCGACUGCUCUUCAGUCCUCCUUCCAGGGAACGGAUCAAGCCAGCUCUGGGCCUGGAGGAGAGUGUGGGAUCCAGAACCUGCCAAGCCGGACAAAAGAAGCCCACAAGGUCUGGGGCGUCAGCCCAGAUUCUUCUGCAGCAGUAAAGGAAGAAUUGGAUGAGGACGACUCGAUCGUCUCGGAGGUGCAUCGUCGAUGCUUCCGGCGGUUCUGCUACUGGGAAGCCGAAGGGCCGCGAGAGGUUUGCCGGCAGCUUCUGCAACUGUGCCGUCAGUGGCUGAAGCCGGAGACGCGCAGCAAGGAGCAGAUCGUGGAGCUGAUUACGCUGGAGCAGUUCUUGAGGGUCCUGCCUGCGGAAGUGCAGAGUCGGGUCCGACAAGGUGGUCCAGAGACCUGCGCCCAGGCGGUGGUUCUGGCUGAGGAUUUCAUUCAGGAGCGGGAGAGGAAAGAAGGGCAGUAUCUGGAGCCUUUUGAAGAAGUGAUCAUUCAUUCCCCCAAGACAGAAGAGGAUCCAUCAGAUGCUGAGGAAAUGCAGCUCACCACAAAAGCUGAAUUGGAGAGUGAUGGGGACACAAACAUGUUCAGCAAUGUGGCUGUGAAUGAAAACCAGCCAGAGAGGCAUGAAUACGUUGCAGCCACUAGGAUGACCCUCGAGGAGCAGAAUUUUCAUCCAAAAAGACCCCAGAAUGUUAAAGAACGUGAAAAAUCUUUGGAGAAAGCCACAAGGACUCUUUGCCAGGUACCUAUCGUAGAUGAAAACCCUGUGAGUCGACAGAGAUUGGAGCAACCUCAGGAAAACCUUCCAGGAAAGGCACCAGUGCAAACCACUGAUGGCAAGGAUGAAAAUGAUAGAAGCGUAAACGAAAGCCGAGAGAGGAUCUCUGAAUGUAUACCAGGAAAGAUCAUCUCAGAGUGGGAGGAAAACUUUGGGCCAACCCUCGCAGCUCCUGCCAAGACACCAUCAUACGAAUGCUCGUACUGUGGGAAACGGUGGCCGUGUCCGUCUCAGCUCCGCCGCCACGUAACAGUCCACACGGGCGAGAGGCCCCACAAGUGCAUGGACUGUGGGAAGAGCUUCAGCACCAGCUCCAACCUCGGCCAGCACAAAAGAAUGCACACCGGAGAGCGGCCGUACAAUUGCAAGGACUGUGGGAAGAGCUACCGCCGGCGGGCCUCCCUGGUCCAGCACGAGAGAGAAGCCUGCCAGAAAGGAAGCCGUAUAAGUGCGCCAGCGGUGGGUUACGUCGUCUUGGGAAACUGCACUUUGCUGUGUAUGAAAAGAUCCACCCAGGGCGGGAGAAAUCGUUUGAUUGCUCCCAAGGGGGGAGAAGCCCCCCUGGCCGCUCAGCCUUUAAGCAUCUUAACGGGAUACCCACAAGAGAGAAGCCCCAGUGGUGAUGAGGACUAGUUUAGAAGAUUCUUACUGCAGACAGAGCCUCGUUCAAGAAAGAGAAGUCUGGAGAGGAGCAGGAUGUCCUCAGAGUAUGACGGAAAGUUCAUUGGGCAGCCAUCAGUUGCAGGAAACCAACCACACUGUGUGACAGUCGAGUGGCAGGAACUCUUUUGAGGUCUAGCCCAUUCGACAGCCGUGAAAGAAGGGGCUUGGACAAGCCUGGAGGAAAGAGGCCUCCAGAACCAAAAGAACAGAACGAAGCUACCUCUGUGGUGCGACGAAAAGGCUGGGUGUAUUUACGCUCAACAUGUUUCAAGAGGAUACUUUCUCUUUGUGAAACAUAAAUUGCAUAGAAUAGUACAUCCCCUCUAGAGAAGGGUCUACUCUUGAGUCUUUUAAACCCAGAUUUUUUUUUUAUUUUUAAAGGAAAACGGGGGGUGGAGAGAUUGGAACCAAAGUAACUGCGUGAUCUGUGAGUAAAACAAAAUUCUAGGUGUAGGGAUAGCUUUAUGGGGUUGCCUGAAUGUAACCAAACGUUAGUGCCUCUUCCAAGUGGAAACAGACAUUGAGCGGGGAGGGGCCGUCAACGGCUGCUUUUGUUUUUUACUGAAACGACAAUCUCCCUCCUGUAAGACAAGCCACAUAGUGAAAGAACAACAUUAUCUCUGGCAGGAUUUUGGGACUUCUUCAUUCUUCCUCAGUCCCCCCCAUUUCUGUCUCCUAUAUGCCAGAGGAAAUAUUCUAGAGCAGUGGUUCCCAACCUUGGGUCACCCCGGUGUUCUUGGACUGUAACUCCCAGAAUC